AUGAUGGAAAAUGCUGAAGAGAUUUUUCAUUUCCUUGAAGAUUUUUCAAAAUGUGAACGAAAAACAAUACCACAAGAACUGAACGAUUAUUUAGCCUAUGUAGCGCGUACCGGUGAUCCCGUCUAUCAGUGGUCUCUCGUUAAGAGUUUGUUCAAAGAAAAAUUACUUAACGUUAUAACCGACUUCUACGAGACUACUCCAGGCAUCGAUAUACCACCAUAUCCGAAUGUAAAUGCGUUCAACUACGAUAGUAUGAAAAACAGUUUAGUAGAAAGAUUGGAUUCAUUCAACUCUGCCCCAUUUACCGUUCAAAGAAUAUGCGAGCUUCUCACCUACCCGCGGAAACAGUACAAUCGAGUUGAUAAAUUUAUGAGAGCGAUUGAGAAAAACAUUUUAGUUGUAAGUACAAGGGAACCUGGUCAUCAACGACAUCCAGAGAAUGGUGAACCUAUUGUGAAUGGAUCAGAUAAUAAUUCUGAUUAUAAUGUUGAUGUUGAAAUGGAGGAUAUGUCAUGGAAAGAUAAUCCCGAGUCGCGACAGAAUUGCGAACCACAGCCUAGUUCAUCAGAAGCCCACAUUAAUGUUGAAGACAUUGAAACGAGAUUACACACCAAAAAAGAUACUACUGUUAACAGUGAGGAAAAAUCUACAACUCAAUACGUAUCCGAGACUCCAUCUGACUUGAAUGCAAAUGAGCAAAUGUUAGAUAAUGCACCGAAACCGAAACCCUUGGAUAAUGCGGUUGCAUCAACCAGUGAUGAUAUCAAGAACAAUAAUACUGAAGAACAACCCCCCGUAGUCAAAGAGGAUGAAGAAAUGAAAUCGGAAGUCACAAACGAAGUUUUAAUCAUACCUGAAAUAAAAGUUGACGACGCUGAAAUGACCGAGCAAAAACUUGUAGAAUCAAAAGUAUCUGAAACCAUAGAUUCUGGGGUAUCAAAGGAAAAUACUCAAAAUGCUAUUGAUACACCCACAUCCAUGGAUGAUAGCAGCUCGGAUUCUAUUUCCAAAGAAGAAGAUAACAAAAUACAUAGUGAAGUAUCGUCAUCGAGUGAAGAAAGUUCCUCGUCAAGCGAUAACAUUGAUGGCAACAGUAACUCACCCAAGACCGAAGAACAAACAGACAUUCACGUAGAACAACCACCACAAGUAAUGCCCGAAAAUCCUGUACAAGAACAAGAUAAAGAAAAUGAUAAACCUAUGGAAGAUGCUAAACCCGUAGAGCCAGUUAAAGAAACACCUACUUUAGAAUCCGAAAACUAUUCAAUAUCCGAUGUCAACUCUGAAUUACCUGCAACUAAUGUACCAGACACUGAAAAAACUCCUGUUGAGGCAGAAGUUAAAGAGGUAUCGGAAAAAAAGGAAGACCCAUCUCCUGAUACAGAAAACUUGACAAACACAAAAGUUUCCGAAACCUAA